GUCCUGUCCGGCCACUUACACUGGUGACAGACGUUGUAUCACGUGAGUUCUUUACACUAGUGUUGGGUACCACGGAGAGCUCUUUCUGUCGGCAGCACCACGUCACCCCCGCAGUCGCCCCCACUUGCCCCCACUUAAGGGCUUCUUCACUUGGUGGCUCAGAGACUUGGCAGAUUUUCUAAACUGCCGAAAUCUGCAGAGCACCCAAAGUGGUCACGAAAAUGUUUGUCUAGUUCACAUCCGCCUUGUGCUACUGAAUAUUGAACUUUGAAGACUGGCUGCUAUGGCUCCUGGCUUUGGCAACUUUGCCACCGCGGACGACGCAUCGACAUCGUCAGGGUAUCAGGACCAGGGCCCGCUCGCUCGCCUGCUGAGCAAGCUGAGGCAGUUCAAGGCUCUUGCUGCUGACAAGGACCUGGCUAACAGCGAGCUAGCGCCUCUUAUUCGGGCGCUGCCGCUCGAUACGGAGCUACAGCAGCUGCUGGCCAAGUUCCACUGGUAUCCCGGCCACAACUUCACAACCACAGUGGACCUGGCUAAUCUCAAAGGCGCGCUUCAGAAGUACAAGUACAUCAAGAUCGGUCAGCUGGGCAGUGGCUCAUAUGGCGUUGUGCACAAAGCCAUCAACCGGGAAACCAAUGAGCUGCUGGCCAUCAAGAAGGUGGUACACAGCAUUGAGAACGGGCUUUCGGACUCGACGAUCCGCGAGAUCAGUACCCUGCGCGAGCUCCAGCAUGACAACAUCGUCAGGCUUAAGGACAUCAUCGCGACGGUGAACGGCACUCACGUGCAUCUCGUCCUGGAGUUCUUGGAUUGCGAUCUUCGCCACUACCUCGACACGUACGCGGAGGCGUCAAACAUCAACCGCAUCAAGUCUAUCGUGUUCCAGAUCCUGCGGGGCAUCCGCCAUGCGCACGCCAACAGCAUCAUGCACAGGGACCUCAAACCUCAAAACGUGCUGGUGGGCGUGCACUCUGGCAACGUGAAAAUCACGGACUUCGGCCUGGCGCGCUGCUUCCUGCCCAACGAGGACCGCGCCUACACGGAGCGUGUGGUGACGCUGUACUACCGUGCACCGGAGCUGCUGCUGGGCGCGCAGCACUACACCAGCGCGGUGGACCUCUGGAGCGUGGGCUGCAUCAUGGCGGAGAUGGUCAACUUCGAGCCGCUGUUUAGGUCUGACUCGGAGAUCGGGCUUCUGUUCCGCAUGUUCGAGCAGCUUGGCACGCCUACGCCGGACGCCUGGCACGAGCUGUCCGGCCUGGCCUACUACUCGGAGAACUUCCCGCGCUUCGUGCCACGGCGGUUCGAGGACAUGGUGCCGCGGCUGGCCAACGACGCUGUCGGUCUGGACCUGCUACGCCGCAUGCUCUGCUACGACCCGCGGCAGCGCAUCACCGCCAGCGAGGCGCUGGUGCACCCAUGGUUCAACGACGUCGUCGUGUGAGCGUGCUGCUUGCUCGCCUGCAGCAGCGCUUGCAGCAGCGUGGCUAGCUGCACUGAGUGGAUUGAGCAUUUCUUGGUGCCGCGCGUGCUUGUUGGCUCACCGCGCCUGGAGUGCAGAUGACAUAACCUUCGAUGUCAGGGCACGCACGUGUCCUGCUCAUACCAGAUUUUGUUUCGGUACUGUGUUCCUUGAUAUAAUGCAAGCAACGACAGUGCAUAUCUUUACUUGACUUUGCCAAGUGUAUAUGCAUGUUUGGUGUGGUAUGGUAAGCAUGGUCACCUGGCGCCACACUUGGAUAUCACUAACGAUCACCGCCUUGCAUCUAUGUGCACCUUGAUUGGUACCGUUAGAUGGCAGAGCGCGCUGAGAUAACCAUUUGUUCCGCCGGUGCGCUCACAAGGGUGAUAAGGGCUCUGACUCGGCAAUGACUUUCAGUUGUUCCACCAUCCCAGGCAUUGCUAGGGUGAUUUCGAUGCACCCUGGCGGGUCCGCCCACACAUUGGUUGACGUCUUGGACGUUUGCUCUUCGUGGCAAACCCCUUUCCUUUUUUGCGCCACAAUUGGUUUUAAGUGUACCCCGCGUGCCGUGCACCGUUCUGGGACUCGUUUUAGGCAAUGAGAGGGCAGCUAGCAGAGAAGGUAAGGCAGGGUAGUGACUGCGCGCCUUGGGCGCUUACGCCAUUGCGGUCUGGUUCCCCGGAUACCUUGGUGGCAUGUAGCUUGCUAGUCAGAUUUGAGGCAUUUUUUUGGUGUAGCUUUAUAUAGGACGGGUGUGCACGGCAACAAGCAUAGUUUGUGCAUUUUCUCGUGAAUGGCCGUGCAUGCGAUGCAAGCUGGAGAGGCGCCGCGCACGCAUUCCGCGGGCUAGCUCCGCUGAGACGGGUGGACAAGAAUGGGUCAAUUAUUACAGGGUUCGCCUUGGGUAUGGUUCUAUGUGUUGCAAGCGUUUGUUUGGUCGUGAUCGGCUGCUGUGGUUGCCGUUGUGAGCUACGGUCUGCUCCUGUUUAGGUUACAACGCGGAGAGUUUGGCGUUUCAACCGGUAUGUGACUGCUGUGUUCUUGUACGGAGGUAUGCGCGGCCCAGAUACGGUAUAUUCUGAGGUAGCUGCGGGACAUUUGCCUGGUGCUUGGCAUGAUAUACAGCGGCGAAGUUUGUGUUCGGUAUGUUUGAACGUGUGGAUAUUCGUGUUCUACGGCUGAAUCCCCACAUCAUUCGGAGGACGGUCAAGUGGAGGACGACGUGAUAUGACACAUCGAGGUGUGACGAAAGCACAAUUGAGAAAUGCAGCGAGAUACGGUCGGUGCACGCCAAAGGGCUACGGUGUGUUGAUCCCAUCGGCUCGGGAGUUGUGAUCCGACUGGUGGGGAAUACCGUGCUAGCUAGGUGUGCAAGGGAACGGUGGUGCAAGCUUUGUUGCUGAGAGCUACUGCGAGGACCGCGCAUUCGCGGCCUCGGCUUUCCCCCAUGCAAGGAUUGUAAGCACCUGUUAAUAGUAUCAAUAG